AAAUACGAGUACGCCCGAUCGGGCAACCCCACCAGAGACGUUCUGGAGAACGUGCUCGCCCGAUUGGAUAAUGGCUCCCACGGGCUGACGUUCGCUUCUGGCCUCGGCGCCAUGACCGCCAUAGUGGGGCUGUUGAAGACCGGCGACAACAUCCUGUUGGGCGACGACGUCUACGGCGGCACCAACAGGCUGUUGAACAGGGUGGUGACCAACUUCGGCAUCACUGUCACCAUGGUGGGGAUAGAGGACGUGGGGAAUGUUGAAGGGGCUAUCAAGGCCAACACGAAGUUGAUAUGGGUGGAAACUCCGACGAAUCCAUCUUUGAAGGUGAUCGAUAUCAGCGCUGUAGCGGCAGUGGCCAAAAAACACGGCAUAAUAUUCGUCGUGGACAACACCUUCCUGACACCCUAUUUGCAACGCCCUCUGGAUCUGGGCGCCGAUCUGGUCAUGUACUCGCUGACCAAGUACAUGAACGGCCAUUCUGACGUCAUCAUGGGAUCCAUCGCCACCUCGGAUAAAACGUUGUAUGAACGGCUGAAGUUCCUGCAGAACGCGAUGGGAAUAGUGCCUUCGCCUAUGGACUGCUACAUGGUCAACAGGAGUCUGAAGACUUUGGCGCUGAGGAUGCAGCAACAUGAAAGUAGUGGAAUGACCGUAGCCAAGUAUUUGGACAAUCAUCCGAAAGUGGAAAAAGUCCUCCACCCAGGACUCCCAAGCCAUCCUCAACAUGAAGUCCACAAGAAGCAGACGAGUGGACACAGCGGUGUGUUUUCGUUCUACCUGAAAGGGGGCUUGAAGGAAUCCCAAAUAUUUUUGUCGGCACUCGAAAUAUUCACUCUUGCCGAGAGCCUAGGAGGAUAUGAGAGCCUAGCAGAAUUACCGUCUUUGAUGACUCAUUCAUCGGUACCAGAGGAACAACGUGCCAAACUGGGAAUCACUGAUAACCUAGUCAGAUUGUCUGUGGGCUUGGAAGAUGUGGAAGAUCUUAUCAGCGAUUUGGAGCAGGCCUUCAGCAAAAUAUGA